AUGCGUUUGUCUCGCUCGUCUUCCCGCGUCUGCGCACCUCUGCCAGGCCUAGACUCCCCGCCGCAUCCCGCACGCCUCACACCUCCGCACGGACAACAUGUCUGAGUACAGCGCGGUACCGCCGCCCGGGGCCGGAGCGGCUCUAGGAGCUGGUGGAUUGAAGAAAGACGCGUUCGCCGACGCAGUGCAGCGCGCCCGGCAGAUUGCUGCGAAAAUCGGCGGUGACGUUUCCGGUCCCCCCAUGAGCAAUAACGGAGGAGCUGAGGGCUAUCCAUUCAGCACACAGAAGAGAUCGCUGGAGGACGCAGAUCAACCUGAGAGCAAAAAGAUGGCGUCUGACAGAGACAGCGCUGCAGCCUUGUCUAUCGAAGCCCAGCUGGCUGCCCUUUCUCAACAGAGCGUUCGUUCCUCUGCCAUGACGGAAGAUUACAGAGUGCCUGAUGGAAUGGUUGGGCUCAUUAUCGGUCGGGGUGGAGAACAGAUCAAUAAGAUCCAGCAGGACUCGGGCUGUAAAGUUCAGAUUGCUCCAGACAGCUGUGGCCUUCCAGAUAGGAGCGUCUCUCUCACCGGUCCCCCUGAAGCCAUUCAGAAAGCCAAAAUGCUAUUGGAUGACAUUGUGUCUCGAGGGCGGGGCACUCCUCCCUCCUUCCACGAAUCGACCAACGGCAACGGUCACAUGCAGGAAAUGGUCAUUCCUGCCGGAAAAGCAGGUCUCAUCAUUGGCAAAGGAGGAGAGACCAUCAAACAGCUGCAGGAACGAGCUGGCGUGAAGAUGAUUUUAAUUCAAGAUGCUUCUCAGGGGCCAAAUAUCGACAAACCGCUGCGCAUUAUAGGAGAUCCUUACAAAGUGCAGCAAGCGCGUGAGAUGGUGGAGGAGAUCUUGAGAGAGCGGGAUCAGCCUGGCUUUGACAGAAACGAGUAUGGCUCCCAAAUGGGAGGUGCAAGAAUCGAGGUGCCUGUUCCGCGUCACUCUGUUGGUGUUGUGAUUGGCCGAAGUGGAGAGAUGAUAAAGAAGAUUCAGAACGACGCUGGUGUGAGGAUACAGUUUAAACCAGAUGACGGUACUGGUCCAGAUAAGAUCGCUAAUAUAGUGGGUCCUCCCGACCGCUGCGAGCACGCCGCCAGCAUAAUCAAUGAACUUCUACAGAGCAUCAGAGUACGAGAGGAAGGAGGAGGGGGUCCCCCUGGCCCUCCUGGCACUGGCAUGCCCCCGGGUGGGCGUGGUAGAGGGCGCGGUCCAGGCAGCUGGGGUCCACCGGGUGGCGAGAUGACGUUUUCCAUCCCUGCCCACAAAUGUGGACUUGUGAUUGGCCGAGGAGGAGAAAACGUAAAAGCCAUCAACCAGCAGACCGGUGCAUUUGUAGAGAUCUCCCGCCAACCACCGCCCAACGGUGACCCCAACUUCAAAUUGUUUACCAUUAGGGGGUCGCCUCAACAGAUCGAUCAUGCCAAGCAGCUCAUCGAGGACAAAAUUGAGGGACCUCUUUGCCCUGUUGGCCCUGGACCGGGUGGACCAGGUCCUGGUGGACCGAUGGGCCCCUACAACCCAAACCCCUACCAGCCGGGACCUCCUGGCGGACCGCCACAUGGUGGUCCUCCUGGUGGCCAGUAUCCUCAGGGUUGGGGGAACUCGUACCAGCAGUGGCAGCCGCAUGAUCCCAGUAAAGCAGCGACAGAUCCUAACGCAGCCUGGGCGGCUUAUUAUGCGCAGUACUACCAGCAGCCUGCGGGUGGCGCCAUGCCCGGACAGGUGCCCGGGGCCCAGCCGGCUGCACCCGCUACUGCUGACCAGGGUCAAGCUGCUCCUGGCACAGCUCAGCCCGACUACACCAAGGCCUGGGAAGAGUACUACAAGAAGAUGGGGGAAACUGGGGCAGGAGGAGGGGCUGUGCCGGCAGCAGGGGGCGCUCCAGCUGCAGGGGGUGCAGCAGCAGGGCAGACGGAUUACAGCGCCGCAUGGGCUGAAUACUACAGACAGCAGGCUGCUUAUUACGGACAGACGGCACAGGCCCCGGGACAGCCAGGACCAACGCCGCAGGGCCAGCAGGCUCAGUGAAAGAUUCGAUGUUGUUCACCUCCGUCCUCCGCCCUGGCCUCGCUCCUCCUUCUCCUUGCGCUCCUGAAAAACGACUAAAUUUCUGCUCUUUCUGUUUAUUUUCCUCGCUGUGUCCAGCAGCUGCGUGACUAUUUCUGCUGGAUCUACAAACGCUGAACUCGAAUCAAACUCUGCCUUCCCCCUCGACAGCUUCAUCUCUCUUCUUCCUCACGUUAAUGUGACUUAUCGCCAGGGAAACACAAGAGAAUCCUGCUAACUUCCUCACACGAGCGUGCACUUCGUGUUUUGCGUUUCGUUGUUUUUAAAGAAUCUUUUUGAGGAAAGGUCCAUCAGAGGAACUCUUCAGAUGUUAUAACUACUGUUCAGAACUCAAUGAGUAACUGUUUUUUGCUUUUAGUCCUUUUGUUUGUUUUAAAAGCAUUUGAUUGCGCUGGAACAUUCCCGUUGUUUAAUUUUUUUUAGAUUCAGUUAGUGAGGUUUUAUUUUGUAAUGUUUCUGUGAUAUCAGGUGACACGUCACGUGUGAGGAUGCGUUUGCGUGUAUGAUGGUCAUUUUUCUUGUGCGUGUAUGUGUAAGAGUGUUCCGGUACUGAACUCUGAAGGCCUGUUUUUGGCUCCUCACUAUUAAAACAAAGGUUUCUGUUGUUUUCACCCUCCACGUCAUUGGAAGUCAUGAUGUUAUAUAAAAUAUAUAUCGAUUGCUUUUUUUUACUGCUUGUUUUUAAAAACUACAGAAUAAAACAUUACAGAAUCCUCAUCAGAU